UUUGUUACAGCGGAGCUACCGGGGAGAAACGGACGGGCUGAACCUCUCGGAAAAGUGUGCAGAGUUAGGGGAAAACGGCACUACCUAACGCCUGUUGCCGGGGUCUGUCGGAAGCAGAUGUUUUAUGAACUUGCCAGCGGCUCUAAAGGUUGUGUUUUCGCCGAGAAAAAGCGGUUUUCUCAAAGUUAAGCCGAAGAGGAGUUCAGGAUGUCGGACUGAGACAAAGGGGUCUGGGGGGCAUUCCCGUCGGAGCGCAGGUUAAACUCGUUUCUUGAAGUCUCCUCUGGAUGGGAAAGAUGGAGAGGGAGUUACAAUGGUGGAAGGGACAGCUAGCUGCAGAUAUCCAUCAGUCCCUCCGCAUCAAGGAGCUGAAGCUGCCGGUGUACCGGGCCCACUCACCGCAGAUCGGCAUGCGGCGAUACUUUGCAGACUUGUUGGCCAUCUUGAGUAAUCGCUACCAGCUCUGUCCCACAGCGCGGCACCUCGCUGUCUACCUGCUGGACCUGUUCAUGGACCACUAUGAUGUGGCGGUCAAGCAGCUCUAUAUCAUUGCCCUCUCCUGUCUGCUGCUAGCUAGUAAAUUUGAGGAGAAGGAGGACCGGGUCCCCAAACUGGAGCAGCUGAACUCUCUGGGCUUCAUGUGCAGCCUGAACCUGGUUCUCAACAAGAAGGACCUGAUCAAAAUGGAGCUUCUGCUGCUCGAGACCUUUGGCUGGAACCUGUGUAUGCCCACCCCUGCCCAUUUUAUUGACUACUACCUCCACGCCUCGGUGCAGGAGGGAGACCUGUACAACGGCUGGCCUCUCUCUUCACUGUCAAAGACCAAGGCCUUCAUGGACAAAUACACUCACUACUUCCUGGAAGUUUCUCUGCAGGACCACGCCUUCCUGAGUUUCAGACCGUCUCAGGUUGCUGCCGCGUGUGUGGCAGCAUCUCGUAUCUGCCUUCAGAUCUCCCCCAGCUGGACUACUGCUCUGCACCUACUAACAGGCUACACCUGGGACCACCUCACCCAGUGCAUUGAACUCAUGCUGCUUGCUCAUGACAACGAUGUUAAAGAGGCCAACAAGAGUAAAUCCACUCCUCCUCACAGACCGUCCUCCCUGCAGUCACAGCCUCAGACCUCCCACCUCUCUCCAGUGUCGGCCAUUCAGAGACCAGCCUCUUCCUCUUCCUCCUCCUCCUCCUCUACGUCCUCCACACCACAGUUGCUCUUUCAACCAGACGCCUUCCCUCACCUCUCUCAGCACUCCCCGUCCCUCUCACAGCUGCAGGCCCUGGCUGAAUCGCAGGCUCUGGGGUCUGUAGUGAACAUGUCUCAGGACUUCCUUCAGAGCCACAGGAUGGGGCUCCUCACUGCUGCUCCCUCCAUGACUCCUGCAACGGGCUUCCCCUCCUACCCAAGCCUGACCUCUGCUCUCCAGCCAGGGACGCGAGGGUUGCCCCUCCAGGGCCCCAUUUCGGUGCAGAUGGCCCUUGCUGGAGAGCCACGCCACUGUCUGAGCAUGGCCUACAGCGGGGGCUACCUGGGGGCUCACCACACCUUUGCAGCCGGCUGCUUUGACAGGUGACGCCAGGAGACGGAGAGGGAACACAAACCUCUGCGGGAGUGCACAGCUAUGCUUCCGUCCAAAGUCCCCACACCUAAAUACCCUUUCUCAGACCUCCUCUCUCUCUCCGUCAGCUCUGCCACACCUUCAGCUCAUCCAGCUGCCCAGCCCCUCUCACAGAGACGCCUCAAACGCAAGCAGAGGUCCAAAGGCAAGUUAGAGCCGGUGGAAGUCAUCACACUGACAUGACAAAGACUGAAACAUUACUGCCAUGUUGUGGACUGGUUUUAUAAAUUUGUGUUAGAAUGAGACUGUCAUCACUGUGAAUGAGAUGAAUCCAACACCCACCUCAUUCAGUGCCUCAUCUCAGUUGUGUAAGAGCUGAGCCAAUUUUGGAACCACACAGAAUACAAAGAAUCUGUGAUAAGGAUGUUUUUGCUGCUUGAUAUAUUUCUGAUUUUUAAAAUUUCUAAUCCCAAAUACUGAAUACAUGGUAGAAAGAAGAAAAUGUCCUGGUAUCACUUCUCGAUCCAACUUGUAUGAGUGGCAAAAGGAGAAGAAAGGAGGCCAAUUGCAUCAAAACUCCUGUAGCUUCUGUGUGAGUUGAAGUCAGAGCUCGUGCAUGCUUACUCCUAUCUCUCUUCGUCAUCUCCUCUCUCCCAUGUCCAAAGUCAAGCCUUGUUAUGGAGUCGUCACACACCCUCCUGGCGGGAAUGUGUCUCUACAGGCUUUGUCAAACUAAAGUUUUAAUGUCACUGUCUCUGGCACCACUCAAAGAACUGAACACACUGAUGUGACUGGACCAGCACGGUGAAGGAGACGUGGACGUUGGUUGUGAAUUGUACAGAUGAAUUGCUGCUGCCUUCUUAUGAACUGUUGGUUCUGUGUCUGUGUUAAUGACUCCAAUGUUUACAUGAACCACUAAGUAUCAGGGACUUGAACAAAAUUACUUGAAUAUGAUGCCAUUGAAACAUGCCAUAGCUUUUAUUUAUGACUUAUUUGGGUUUUUUUUCAGUUUAUUUGUUUGAUGUAGGGUAGCUUUUUAUACCAACUUAGAAACACCAUUGAUUUCUAGUUAUUUUGUACCUGCUCAUAGAAAACUGUGUAUUCAGGCUCAGGUUUCAAGGCUGAAACUAGCAGCCUUUCUCAUUAUUCUCUGCUAUUAUGCUUUAAAGUGGAUGCUGCUGCAGCAUCUGUGGGGGCUGGAGUAAUCCCCUUCCUUCCUCAUCACUGGACCAUACUCUGCUCACGUCAGUAACCGAAUCAUGAAACCGUCUGUUUGCUUCGUACUGGAAAAGCUCGUGGUCACUGGUUUAAAACAGACAUCUGUAGCAAGGCCACAGUAAUUGCUUCCUGGAUUUCUAAAGCUGCAAUCUUCCUUUCCUGUUGGAGAGUAAACACAUCCAGAUUGGGUUACCAUGGGGAUACCUUAAAUGACCGUGGACGCAAUGUUCUGGGAUGUUUCUUACGAAAAUUAGGACGGCAGCUCAGGAUUAUUUUCAACACUAAUUAGGCCUUCUAAAAAAAAGCUAGAAAAAUGUGAAAAUGCCACUUAAAUCUCUUAGAGCUUGGGUGCUGGUUUAGCUCAGAUGGUAAAACAGGUGCCCCUAUACAGAAGCUGCAGCCCUGCGCUGGUGGCAUGUUCAAAUCCAGAUCUUGGCACUGUUUGGCAUGUCUUCUACUAGCUCUACCCAUAUUUCACGUCUCUGUCCAUCCUUCCAGUUAAGGCAGAAAAUCAGUGCUUUGCUGGAUUUAUUCCACCAGCUUUCAUAAGCCCAAAGGUAUUCAAUCUAGUUUUAUUUAUGACAAAGAAAAGUGUGACAUUUAAAAGGAACCCUAACAUUAAAACAUGUUGACUUUAUUAGAUUAACAUUAGUGUCUUUUACAUGUAUUGUAUACAAAGAAACACUAAAUUUAUACAUCUUGACAAAAUUUAAAUACAGAUUCACAUGAAAGUUGCCCUUGCUGUGCAAUGCACUCUGGGAAGCAAUGUCACAUAGUUGCAGUGUUUUUCUUCGUACGGAGCAUCAUCCUUAAAACCUUUUAAAAUUUUAACCUGAGUGAAGUUUAAGUGAAGAGGCAAUAAGAAAGGGGUUACUAUAAUGUAGAUCAAACUGAGUAAAAUCAGAAAGAUAGCAGAACAACUGUUUGCAGUACUUUAGUGCAGUGUAUAUGGAGUACCUGCAUUUCUAAAUCGCCUCUGAUACUCAUCACUCAGUAGUAUGCGCUUGGGGAAGGUAUGACCUGCCUUUCUCUGCCUCUGAUUAGUGAAUAACUACUGCCUUAAAGCAUUUGUUGGGUUAGAUGGGCAACUGUGGCUCAGUAGGUAGAGUUGCUAGUCUCAGUUUGAGAGUCAAGGGUUUGAUCCCUGCUUCUGCAGUCGCAUGUCGAUGUGUCCUUUGGCAAGCAUGUGAAUCUGUAUGGAUGGGUAUGAAUAGUAAACUCUGAUGCCCACUCUACAUAGCAGCCUUGUCCAUCAGCUGUGUGAAUGUAGAGUGAGAGGGUAUGAAUAGUGCUUGGUGUUGUCGGGCGACUAGAGAAGCAUUGCACAUACUCACAUCCAUUAACCCUAAGACCAUUAGUCUUCCUAGUGGUAAGGAUGGAGGGUAAGCCAAUUGGAAUCAGAGAAGGCUGGGUAGUACUUUGUAGUUCUCUGCUAUUUUAUUAUAUAUAAUUUACAAGAACAUUCUUUAACACUGGCUGGAUAGGUCGCUUAAAUAUGCGGGGCAUAAAUUACGAUAAUACCCACUACUAAACUGCUACCCAGAACGUGUGCAUAACAAUACGUUGUAACAACACAAGGUGUGAAUCUAUUUUUUAAAAUUUCUAAGACUCAGAAAUCAAGUGUUUCUUGAAAAAACACACGCAAGACACUAAUGUUAAUCUUGAUAAUGUUUUAGUAUGCAGGGUUCCAUUGAAGAAGCUAGAACCAGAGAAUUUUGAGCUUUUUGUGACUAAAAUAAUCCACUGACUGAUGCAGCACUGAUUAAAACGCUAACUGAUAAAAUAUAAAAUUCUGCUCAAAAUCGUAAGAAAUUAUGAGCUGAAGUUCUGAAACUUUUCUUCUUUAUACUCAAGUUUAUAACGUCUGGAUGAAACUGCUGUGAACAUGGACUUCCUCAUGUUGUACGUCUUUCCUUGAUUUUUAAACAUGAUCAGACUGACUCAGAAAACACUACUCAAAGCCUUCUGAAGCUGCAACACUGAAACUGUUGUCUGAAACCUUCACGUGUGUUUGUUCACCACUAACAGGAACAUGUUCACGUGCUGCUCAGUGAUCUUAACUCUAAACUAUGCCUUUGUUUGUACAGUCAUUUUUUAUAUUUUUCAUUUUCCGUGUAUUUUAGUUUGAGGUUUUUGUGAUUCUCCUGAUCAAUGCUGUGUCAUAUUUUUAACUCUAUCUCCUCAUAACUCAUGAACUUCUCACUGAGGUGUAAAAGGUGCAAUAUGUCGUUUUUUAAUUUUCUGUUGAAACUGACCACAGCAAUCACUGUCUCACAUUCACCACUGGUUCAUGUUUUGUAACUUAUUUUUUAAUAAUUGUGUGUUUUAACUUGAUCUCCUCUAGGGGGCAUUGUCCUCUGAACACAAUGACUAUGUUGCAUAUUGCAGCCGCCCUCUUUAAGGGAUAGAUACUCAAUACUUUUUCUUUAUUUUUUCUUUUUUUGUUGUAGCUAUUUAGAGAUUUCCUGUGCAUUCCCCCACUGCUAAAAGGUCACUUGUUUAAUGUGAUAGUGAUGAAAUGACACCACAGAACUUCCAGUUUAUAUUUUUGUAUUAUUUUGUACUGACUUGUAGUCUUGGAUUAUAUGACACUGUAUGAUAGAAGAGAUUCUUUUUAUCACAGUGUGCCAUGGAAAAAAUAA